AUGAACUUUUGUGUGCUUUUUGUGUUCAUUUUUCUUUUUGAAAUUGUCAGUUGUUUCAAUUUGAACAAGCAACUAGUACCUGACUCUGUAGAGAUAAUAGAUGGCUACAAUGUUAAGGAGGGCGAUUACGGUUUCAUGGUAAGUGUGCAGAUAAUCUAUGGGCACAUAUGCGGAGGUUCCAUAUACAAUCGUCGAACAAUAAUAACAGCCGCUCAUUGCAUUGACGCUUAUUACAAUUAUUACAUCCUAGCUGGAGUUUUAGAUGCAAAUAAUCGAACUGGAGGUCAAUAUAUAAAAGUAGCUAGUUAUGUGAAGCAUCCAGAUUUCAUAAACCCGAAAAAAGGCAACGACAUUGCUCUGCUUUUCCUAGAAACAGAAUUGGUAGAAAGUGAAUUGGUCAGGCCGAUUGAGUUGCCUAGAGUACACUUACACGCUGGUGAAAUUGCAACUGUUCUCGGGUGGGGUUCGACCGAACCGAACACAACUUUAAGCGGCAGUCAGAAUUUUCUGCAAAAACUAGACGUGCGAGUAGUAUCGGUAGACUUCUGCGAAUCAUUCUAUGACCCCUCUAAAUAUGACAUAACUGAAAAUAAUAUUUGCACAGGGAAGAAAGAUUUUCUAGGGGGUGUGUGUAACGGGGAUAGUGGGGGCCCCCUUUUGAAGAUGCACAGGAGUUAUAAUCCAUCUUAUGGCUUUUUUUGGAUAUGGAAACUGUUUGGAAUUACGUCGUUCGGAGAGCCUGGGUGCGACCAUCACAAGCCAGAUGUUUAUACAAAUGUCUUUAAUUUCAAAGACUGGAUUAAAGACAAUGCCAUGCCCAAUGAUGAAAACUACUCAAACAACUUACUCUAG